AUGCAAAACAUAAUGUCUGAGGAAUUCGAAUUUAAUGGUAUAUUUCCUGAAUGUGAAGAAGAAUAUAAUAAGGCUCAAACUGCUUAUCCAUUUAGCGGUAUAUAUUUAAGUCUAAAUAAUCAUAUUGAUAGAUCGUGCAUGGAAUUUAUUAAUGAUGAUUCUAAGAAUUAUAAUUGUGAUUUAGAGGGGUUUUUUAUUCACUGUAGAUCACUUGGUCGUUACUUAUAUCACAUACAAAUCAGACGCGAAGUGGAAAAAAAAAAAAAUUGCAUAUACUUCGGUUACCUUCUAAAAAAACUACUAAGCAAUUUGAAUUGUAAAAAUAAUGAAGCUAUACAAGCUGCUUGUAAUAGAAUAAAUAAUCCUAAUAAUAAUUAUAAUAUUUGGUCUCAUGUUCAAAAUUUUCGUGAUAUAUGUAAUGAGUAUAAUAUAGACCUUGAUGAUACAUUUGAUACAUUGGUAAAACUGGAAAAUAUGGUUAAUAAGUUUGAUGAAUUGCGAAAACAUGAUAAUUCACUAUCUAUUACAGAAGCACGUAGUUCUGCGAAUGAAUUUAAAGAGAUGUUAAAGGAGUUUUCAGGAAUAAAUGUAUCAAGAGUAAACCGUUCUUUAAAUAAUUUAUUGGAUGAAUAUAAUGUGAAAUAUGAUGAGAUUAUGAAAAGAAUAAAUGAGUACGAUGCUCCUGCAAAUAGAAGUGACACUACUGCAUUACAGGGUAGUCUAGAAUUAUUAAGUGUGGUUCCUCCAGUUCCCAAUAAGGUAACCAAAGGAGAAUUCACAGAAGAAUCCAGAACUGAAUACGUUGAUUCUCAAGCAGGAUUGCACUUAGAAAAUAUGACACAAAGAAGCAAAAUACUAGGAAGAGGUAUGUGGGCAGGAAUUGCUGUAUUCAUAUUUGCAAUCUCAAUAGUAAUAUUCAUAUUAUAUAAGAAUAUAGUAUUCACACUUUUUUAUCAGUGUACUCCUAACGGAUACAAAUUAAAAUCAUGUAUACGGAAUUUAAAGAGUGUGAGAAAUAAAAGAUCUAUUGAACGUUUCUACCUAAGAGAUUCCGUUGAAAAGGAAUACAAAAAUUUUGUUGAUAAUAAAUAUGGCAUAGCAUAUAGCUCAGCACAACAUCCUCGAUAUAGUAAUAAUAAGGACUUAUAA